CCUGUGUUCAUGUUUGUUUUUGUGCAUUUAUAUUAAAAAUUUAUUGUUUCAGCCAACAUUUAAGAAUAGAAACAAUGGCUGACAACAGUUUGUUAACAUCCACUGCUGGGAGGUCUAGCUUGGCGGACUCUUCUAUUUUUGAUUCUAAAAUGACUGAAACAUCCAAGGAAAACUUACUUGUUGGAUCUACAUAUAUUGAAGAGGAAAUGCCUCAGAUUGAAACAAGGGUGAUAUUGGUUAAAGAAGCUGGAAAACAGGAAGAACUUACAAAGGCCAUAAAGGAAAUUAAAGUGCCCUUUCUCAAGAUGGAAUCAGUGGAAGAAAUUGAAGGUUUGGAUUCUCCAGAAUUUGAAAAUGUAUUCAUAGUCACAGACUUUAAGGAUUCUGUCUUUAAUCACUUAUACAAGGCUGAUUGCAGAAUUAUUGGACCACCUGUUGUAUUAAACUGUGCACAGAAAGGAGAGCCUUUGCCAUUUUCAUGUCGACCACUCUAUUGUACAAGUAUGAUGAAUCUGGUGCUGUGCUUUACCGGAUUCAGGAAGAAAGAAGAACUAGUCAGAUUGGUGACAUUGGUCCAUCACAUGGGUGGAGUUAUUCGAAAAGACUUUAAUUCAAAAGUUACACAUUUGGUGGCAAAUUGUACACAAGGAGAAAAAUUUAGGGUUGCUGUGAGCCUGGGUACUCCAAUUAUGAAGCCAGAAUGGAUUUAUAAAGCUUGGGAAAGGAGGAAUGAACAGGAUUUUUGUGCAGCAUUUGAUAACUUUAAAAAUGAAUUUAAAGUUCCUCCAUUUCAAGAUUGCAUUUUAAGUUUCCUGGGAUUUUCAGAUGAAGAAAAAAACAAUAUGGAAGAAAUGACUGAAAUGCAAGGAGGUAACUAUUUGUCAGUUGGAGAUGAAAGAUGUACCCACCUUAUAGUUGAAGAGAACAUAGUAAAAGAGCUUCCAUUUGAACCUUCAGAGAAACUUUAUGUUGUUAAGCAAGAGUGGUUUUGGGGAAGCAUUCAAAUGGAUGCCCGAGCUGGAGAAACUAUGUAUUUAUAUGAAAAGGCUGGUACUCCUGAGCUCAAGAAAUCAGUAUCACUGCUUUCUCUAAAUACCCCAAACAGCAAUCGCAAAAGACGUCGUUUAAAAGAAACGCUUGCUCAGUUGUCAAGAGAGACAGACAUAUCACCAUUCCCUCCCCGUAAGCGUCCGUCUGCUGAGCAUUCCCUUUCUAUUGGGUCACUCCUGGAUACUUCCAACACACCAGAAUCUAGCAUAAAUUAUGGAGAAACACCGAAGUCUUGUACUAAGUCUUCUAAAAAUUCCACUCCAGUUCCUCCAAAGCAGCCAGCUAGGUGGCAAGUUGCAAAAGAGCUCUAUCAGACUGAAAGUAAUUAUGUAAAUAUAUUGGCAACAAUUAUUCAGUUAUUUCAGAUUCCUUUAGAAGAGGAAGGACAACGAGGUGGACCUAUCCUUGCACCAGAAGAGAUUAAGACUAUUUUUGGUAGCAUCCCGGAUAUCUUUGAUGUGCACACUAAGAUAAAAGAUGAUCUUGAAGACCUUAUUAUUAAUUGGGAUGAUAGCAAAAGCAUUGGUGACAUCUUUCUUAAAUAUUCAAAGGAUUUGGUAAAAACUUACCCUCCUUUUGUAAACUUCUUUGAAAUGAGCAAGGAAACAAUUAUUAAAUGUGAGAAACAGAAACCAAGAUUUCAUGCUUUUUUGAAGAUAAAUCAAGCUAAACCAGAAUGUGGACGGCAAAGCCUUGUUGAACUUCUCAUCCGACCAGUACAGAGAUUACCCAGUGUUGCACUACUUUUAAAUGAUCUUAAGAAGCACACAAGUGAUGAAAAUCCUGACAAAAGCACUCUAGAGAAAGCUAUUGGCUCACUAAAGGAAGUAAUGACGCAUAUUAAUGAGGAUAAGAGAAAAACAGAAGCCCGAAAGCAAAUUUUUGAUGUUUUUUAUGAAGUAGAUGGAUGCCCAGCUAAUCUUUUAUCUUCUCACCGAAGCUUAGUACAACGAGUUGAAACAAUUUCUCUAGGUGAGCACCCUUGUGAUAAAGGAGAACAAGUAACUCUCUUCCUCUUCAAUGACUGCCUGGAGAUGGCAAAGAAACGACACAAAGUUAUUGGUACUUUUUGGAGUCCUCAUGGCCAUACUCGACCCCCAACUUCUCUUAAGCAUAUUCAUCUAAUGCCUCUUUCUCAAAUUAAGAAGGUGCUGGACAUAAGAGAGACAGAAGAUUGCCAUAAUGCUUUUGCCUUGCUUGUGAGGCCACCAACAGAGCAGGCAAAUGUGCUGCUGAGUUUCCAGAUGACAUCAGAGGAACUUCCCAAGGAAAGCUGGCUAAAGAUGCUAUGUCGACAUGUAGCCAAUACCAUUUGUAAAGCAGAUGCUGAGAAUCUUAUUUAUACUGCUGAUCCAGAAUCCUUUGAAGUAAAUACAAAAGAUAUGGACAGUACAUUGAGUAGAGCAUCUAGAGCAAUAAAAAAGACUUCAAAAAAGGUUACAAGAGCAUUCUCUUUCUCCAAAACUCCAAAAAGAGCUCUUCGAAGGGCUCUUAUGACAGCUCAUAGCUCAGCAGAGGGAAGAAGCCCACCCAGCAAUGACAAGCAUGUAGUGAGUCGUCUGUCUAGCACAUCAUCAUUAGCAGGUAUCCCAUCCCCUUCCCUUGUCAGCCUUCCAUCCUUCUUUGAAAGGAGAAGUCAUACUUUAAGUAGAUCUACAACUCAUUUGAUAUGAAGCUUAAAAAUUUUGUAUUAUAGAAACUUAUAACCACCUCAUAUCAAACAAGAAACUGACAUAAUCGUGCUUGUCAUUAGCAC